UCCGCGAGACAGUAAAAUAUUAAUUAGUGAGUUGACGUCAUAGAAGGACGGCCGUCAGCACGUCAGUUUAACAUUCAUGACCCUCUCCUUUGCCAUAGUAGGAUUAAAAAUGCGCGUCCUGUUCAGUGAGAGAUGGUUAAAGAAGUGCGUCCUUCUCUUUUUGAUGGGAUAUGAGAUGGCUCUCCCAUGUGGAGAAAAAUGGGCAAUGCACUCCCUGUUUUAGUCUCAAUUGCGCAAUUAACUUACUAACCGUACAACCACGCACUUUUACGAACAGUGAAAAUUACAGUCGCAAUAGCAAUUUUACAGUAAUUAAAUUGCAAACCUGUUUUAUAAAAUCUAAUGGAGGACACUCGUGAAGUUGUUGUUGUGACAGGUUUUGGUUCUUUUCGACAAUAUGUGGUGAAUCCAAGUUGGGAGGCAGCUAAGGGUCUUAAGAUGGUGGGGCUUGGAGUCGGCACAGAGGUUUAUAUUAAGGAGAUUCCUGUCAGUUACUCAAAAUGUCAACAAGUUCUUGAUGAAAUCUGGCAGAUGACGCCAAAGUUUGUUAUCCAUUUGGGCACAGCUCCAGGAACCAAAGGGAUCGCAUUGGAGCAAACAGGAAAGAACCACGGUUACAAGGACAGAGAUGUGAGUGGUCUUUACCCUGUUCAUCACUGCUGCAUUAAGGGAGGACCAGAAAAGUUGGAGUCCAUUAUUGACAUGAGACGUCUCAGCAAACAAUUAAAACACAUGGGAUCUGAUGUCAUCUACUCCAGGGAUGCUGGAAGGUACCCGUGUGAUUUUGUGUACUAUUAUUCAUUGUACCACGGGCAGGGAAAGGCUGCUUUGAUCCAUGUGCCUGCCUCAGGCAGCCUGUCAGGCCUGGUACCACAUCUUCAGACCAUCAUCCAGACUCUUUUAUGUCAGAUGGACACCGCUGCUGCAUAAACAACAUUAGGAUAUAUGGGACACACAGAUAUGGAACGUUCUGAAGGGAACUUUCUGCACAAAA